CUACCGUUCAAUAAUGUUGCGAUUGUGUUUUGUUAUCUGCGGGGUGGUUUUAGCAGAGGCGGGGUAUCUGGGGGGCCACGGGGCGGUGUCCAACAUCGGAUAUACAACACACCACGCGCCGGUUUACGGACACUACGGCGGAUUUUCAAGCUCCUACUCGACAGUAGCCCACCACCGGGCCGGCUUUGCCGCCCCCGCCGCCCCCUUGUCCCAACAUUAUGGGGGCGGUUUCGCCCCAGUAGCCCACCAACCCCAGUACUACGAGGAGCAUUACGCUCGGCCCAAAUAUGAGUUUAAAUAUGGGGUUGAGGAUUUGCACACCGGAGAUAAAAAAACGCAGCAUGAGGUGAGAGAUGGGGACGUGGUCAAGGGACAGUACUCGCUGGUGGAGCCCGAUGGGUCGAUCCGGACCGUGGAAUACACCGCUGACCCCCAUCAUGGGUUCAAAGCGGUGGUGCACAAGUCGGGACAUGAGUCGGUGGCUUAUGGACAUCAAUUUGCGAAAUCAGUGCAAUUCGAAUCGCGAUCGAAAAUGUUCAAAGUUUUCAGUGUUUUAGUUCUAGUUGUGUGCACGAGUGCCCAGUACUAUGAAGAAUUUUCAGGAUUAGACUUAAAUGGACACAACAAUAUUCUCCUGAAAAGCUCUGAAAAUUAUGAAAACCAUCACGAGGAACAUUAUGACCACCCGAAAUACGAGUUCAAAUACGGCGUUUCGGACCAUCACACUGGCGAUAUUAAAUCGCAGGAGGAAACUAGAGAUGGGGAUGUGGUCAAAGGGCAGUACUCGCUUCAUGAACCAGAUGGUACUAUCCUGACUGUCAAAUACACCGCUGAUAAGCACAGCGGGUUCAAUGCUGAAGUGAUAAGGCAAGGUCAUGCGUCACACUAUUAGUUAUGUUUAUGUUGUUUGUUAUGUUGAAUAAAGUUUAUUUUUUCUAUUA